AUGGCGAAGUGUUGGUGCAUUUUGAAUCAUUCUAUCAGCGAACAUUACACUAAGCUUGCUUGCCGCAAAACUGGUUCAUUAAUAAUGGAAGGGAAUAACAUUUAUUGUUUUAAAGGUGUUACUUUAAGCGAGUGGGAAACGGCCUGUGAGAAUGCAGGUGCAGAUGGCGGGAAUUGCAACAACUAG